GCAGAGAGACAAAAGAGAAAUGGCCAUCCUCCAUGAAGUCCAGUUGAAUCUUCCCAGCCCCUUAGCAUCUAUCAAGGAGAACCUUUGCACGUUUCCAAGUUGGACUAGCAUAAAACCCCGAAUUUGAAUCGACGUAAAACCUGGAAUAUAUCAUGAACACAGGUUGUAACUCCUUCGAACGACUAUCAGAUCAAUCUUUCAACCGCUUGUCUCACUCAUUGAUCAUCAACGUCAGCUAUGAAGUACUCUUGUUACAUUACCCUCAUCGCCCUGGUGGCGCUCGGGGUCAGAGCCGAACAGCAAUAUUGCGAUGGAGCGGAAAAGGAUCCUACAGGCGCACAAAUGACCGAUCCAUUUGCCGCUUACCAGUCCGCCGGUUUGACUUUCCCAAACGGUACCGAUGCUAGCGGGCAACAUACUGUGCUCCCGGAUCUCAAGACGGUCCUGGGAAAGACGUCCAUGGUGGAUUGUUUUAAGGAAUGUCAACUGCUCCAACCUCCAACAGACAAGGUUGGAGACGAUCUCGAUAAGCAAUACUCCCAAGAGUAUUGCCGAGGAGUCAGAUAUUGGGAGUUUCCUAAACCGGAGAACAACAAGUGUUUCCUCAUGAAAGUCGCUCCUACCGAAGUCAGACCUACCAAUGGGCUCGGCAAGACUCUAGGUUUCUUCGGAGGGGGGAUGAUCGGGAAAUGCUCCGAUAAAGGAGCCAAGGAUCUCUCGGAGCGAAACGGUGUUGGGUGUUGCGAGAUCUGGUUGAAGUAAGGUCGUCGUAUUGAGAGAUACGUAUAGAUAAUGGGCGCUAGUCCGGCCUCCAACAUGAAAAUCAGGCUCGUACCACUUGAAUACAGACCCGUGUCACUUGUACACGAGACAUCCGCUCUUUUGGCUGAAGUUUCUGAAGAUGAUUAGUUGGACAGGAAGUAAGAGGCUAUGAAAUCUGGAAACGACAAGUGGUCAUCCCCGCCAUCCCGUUCAGGUUGAGAUUCAUGGUUUGGUCAGAC